GACGUGCAGAGCUUCGAUUGACAGGCGUUGUCAGUUUCUAGCUUUCUGAUUGGCUGCCCUUGUCUCCGCCCUCUAUAUUUAGCCGGUGAAGGUGAAGGUGAAGGCUGCAGUGUGCGCUCCCCUGGUGACUGGACACGGUUGUCGCUAUGGCUUCUGCUUCUAUCUUCGCGUCUGUUCCCCAGGCUCCCCCGGUGGCCGUGUUCAAGCUCACAGCGGAUUUCCGUGCGGACAGCGACCCCCGCAAGGUCAACCUGGGAGUGGGAGCCUACCGGACCGAUGACUCCCAGCCCUGGGUCCUGCCAGUUGUGAAAAAGGUGGAACAGAAGAUUGCCAACGACAACACGUUAAACCAUGAGUACCUGCCGAUCCUCGGACUGCCCGAGUUUAGAGCCAGCGCUUCCAGGAUUGCCCUCGGUGAUGACAGUCCAGCCAUUAAAGAGGAUCGGGUAGGUGGUGUCCAGUCACUUGGUGGUACCGGGGCACUGCGCAUUGGAGCAGAGUUCUUAAGACGCUGGUACAAUGGAACCAAUAACACUACAACCCCCAUCUACAUUUCUGCUCCUUCCUGGGAGAACCACAACGCCGUAUUUAUUGACGCUGGCUUCAAAGACAUCAGAAGUUACCGUUACUGGGAUGCUGCUAAUCGUGGGCUUGACCUUAAGGGAUUCCUAGAAGACUUAGAGAAUGCUCCAGAGCACUCCAUCUUCGUUCUGCAUGCCUGUGCUCACAAUCCCACUGGAACAGACCCCAACCAAGAGGAGUGGAAGCAGAUCUCUGAGGUCAUGAAGAGGCGCUUCCUCUUCCCAUUCUUCGACUCUGCCUAUCAAGGAUUUGCUUCUGGAAAUUUAGACAAGGACGCCUGGUCUGUACGAUACUUUGUGUCUCAGGGAUUUGAGCUUUUCUGUGCUCAGUCUUUCUCCAAGAAUUUUGGCUUAUACAAUGAAAGAGUUGGUAACUUGACUGUUGUGGGCAAAGACAGUGACAAUGUAGAACGUGUCCUGUCUCAGAUGGAAAAGAUUGUACGUACAACCUGGUCAAACCCUCCUUCACAAGGCGCUCGCAUUGUUGCAACCACCCUGACCACACCUGAACUUUUUGGUGAAUGGAGGGACAAUGUUAAGACUAUGGCAGAGCGAGUCCUUCUAAUGAGAGCAGAACUGAAAUCCAGACUGGAGGCUCUUAAGACACCUGGAACAUGGAAGCACAUUGUGGAGCAGAUAGGAAUGUUCAGCUUUACUGGCCUCAAUCCAAAGCAAGUCGAGUACCUCAUCAAAGAGAAGCAUAUUUAUCUGAUGGCGAGUGGACGCAUAAACAUGUGCGGACUGACCACUAAGAACCUGGACUAUGUUGCUCAGUCUAUCUUUGAAGCCGUCACAAAGAUCCAGUAAACAGAAGCCCCAAAGCUGCAGUGAUUGGUGUCCUUAGAAUUAUCCUGUGUAACAUCAGGGCCUUUAAAUGUGUUAUUUAAAUUUUUUUUUUGCUUUUUCAAGGCUUUAAAUUGAACAAAAUGAAAACGGGGAGAAACUUGUUACGUAUAUGCAACGUGAUGGUCUGUCUGACUACAACGGGCAAGGAUCUCUACAUCAGGGAGACAUAAGAAAAUCCUAUACUUGAGUCGCGUAUUGUUCAAACCAAAUAGAAAGCACUUAGGCAGAUAUUCUUUGUCAUCUUUCCCUAAGUAUCUAUUCACAUUAACAGUAUCCUGCAUAUUUGAUGUUGCAGAGUUUUGUGUAAACUAAAUGACUAAACAGUUUCAAAUUUGCGCAUCACUAUGCACAGGAUGCUGUAUGUGUGAAUAGACACGAAGGCAGCAUUUUCCACCCUGGAUGCCUACAGCUGUUGCAAAACUUCAACUCCCAGCAUGCCCGGCUAGCCAAAAAUCCCUAUUCUCGGUCAUUGGCAGCUAGUGCAUGUGGCGUGUUCUACAGAUAAAAGUGCUAUGUAGCCCAAGCCUAUGGUCUGGCGGGUGACUGCAUUCUGUGGUUUUGCACUAUAGAGUUGUGUACCUUGCACAGCAUGCAGGGAGAGGUAAGAGUACUAGAAUCUGUAUACACGGUCAAUCAUAGCAGCCACUAUAUGGUGUCUAUUAAAUCAGUUAAAUUUUUUGUAUUUAAAAUAGUCAGUACUCUAAGGCAGUGUUUCCCAACCCUUCUGCCUCCUGCUCUGAUGCAAAGCUACAACUCCCAGCAUGCCCGGACAGCCGAAGGCUGUCCGGGCAUGCUGGGAGUUGUAGCUUUGCAACAGUUGGAGGCACAGUUGUUGGAAAACAAUGCUCUAAGGCAGGGUUGCUCAAGCAUGGUCCUUAAGACCCCUAAAAGGUGAUGGUUUCUGGAUUUCCUUAGUCUUUCACAGGUGAUAUAUUUAUGGUCAGUGCAUCAGGCAUAAUUAGUUAUAUCACCUAUGAAAGACUAAGGAAAUCCAGAAAACAUCACCUGUUUGGGUGGGUGGGGGAAUCUUGAGGACCGCGCUUGAGAUACAAUGCCCUGAAGGUGUUUUCUAGCUUUAUACAGACUCCUCAAUAAAAGUGGGAUGCCAGAGCAGUAAGAGACAAGCUCCGUUAUGGAGAUUGCAGGGGCCCCAGCGGUCGGACUCUACAGGAUCCGGCACUACCCUGUGGAUAGAGGCUACAUUUUUCAUAACUGGAGUAUUGCCUGUUAAGGAGUUGUGCAGGAUCAAAAAAACAUGGCUGCUUUACUUCCAAAAAAAGCACCACAGCCAUUUAGUUUCAUGGAACUCGGCUGCAAUACCACACACAGCCUGAGGAUAGGUGUGGUGCUGUUUUCUUUAAAAUAAAAAAAUUCUACUUUCGGUUCUUUAAUCCUGGAUAACACUGUUAAUUCUAUUGUAUUCUAAGUGGCGCACAGCAAAUUGGGUCUUGCCUGGCAACCAGCUGGGAUGAUUAAUAUUAUUUUACAUGUGUCGGCUAUCACAUCAUUAUUUAUAGUUUCUCUUACAAGCUGUAGGGACACAGUAAAGCCAUGUUUAAAAAAAAAAACGGUCUAAAGAACAACUCUCACAUCUGCCCUCCUGCAAUUGUAAUGUUGUAGUUAGCAAACAUGUAUGGUGACCUCCAACCAACUUGCCUUCAUUGUUAUCCUUAUCCAUUCUGCAGAUGAGUAUGUGUUAUUGUGCAUUGCUUGACCACAACCUUACAUGGCCUGUAAUAUUGUGCAACCUGAAGAAGAAAACCUGAAAAUUCCUGAGAAACUACAUAGUAGCCAUGUCUGAACUGAUGCAAUAAAUCCCAUUGUAUGGUG